AUGAAGCUGCUGUUAUUAUUGUCGACUCUGGUAACCCUUGCAGUAACUGCUCCAUCAAAAGAGACUGAAAUUCUGAGAGACUUUGACAUAGAUGCUUUAUUCUCUAAUGAUGAGCAGAGGCAAGCAAUCUUCGAUUGUUUACUGGACAAAUCACCAUGUGGUGAUACACAGAGGAUAAAAGAUAGUGUGAUAACAAUUAUCAAAAAUAAAUGUGGCGAGUGCAAUCCAGAAGAAAAACAAAAGUAUGAACGUCUGAUGAAGACAUUCCACGACAAGUACGGGGCCGUGUACAAUGAAUUGAUGAAGAAAAUCUAA